AUUCAUUCACUUUCAAGCCUGCUCGAGAAAGGCUGAGAAAGAAGGCUAUAAUGUGUUCAUCCCAUUCCAACUAGAAAAAAGGCCUAUCCAUAACUUCACUUGUUGUAGGGACUGUCCAUGCCAAGAAAUAUGCCACGCAGAACUUCUGCCAGAAGGAGGCCUGUGCAGGAUACUGCUAGCAGGCAUCGUGAUGACCAUGAUGAUGACAUCAACCUUGCUCCCAUGCAGCAAGCUGGAGAGACAGGCCGGGGGAAUGGGGAAGUGCACAGGCCCACUACAGCUGUGAGCAGUGAGCAGAAAAAAUGCCAUUCACCCUUGAGCGAGACUACAGCCCAACACUUGCCUUAUCUCAAGCCUCCAUAUUCUUCCCCAGAGGAGGAGACAGAAUCAUCAGAGUCGUCAGCUUUGGCUCCAUCUGGUGGACACAUGUGUUACAUGCAUCGGCUGCAGCCUUUCUCCCUCCCCUUCUCCUUCACCUCAGACUCCAGCAGCUCCAGCCGCAGCUCCUCUGGUCGAAGCUCCUGCGGCAGCCCCACUCAAAGAUUCUUGUAUUGGUUGGAGUUUGUUUUCUGGAGCGCCACUGGGCGGGCUGCUGACUUUGGAAGAUACCUGUACUCUCUGCGACCAGAACACCUUCCUCUGGAUAAGAUUUUGAUGAGGGGGGAAUAUGAGCAUCUGAGAAGAAAGGCCUUACCAGUAGCUGGUCUAAUGUUUUUGACAUUACUAGUCUGCUGUCUUUGGGUCCCAAGCGGCUCCCAUCAGCCCCCGUCAGAGGCAGUAGACAGCGGUACCAGCGGCGCAAGCCUACCGAAGAUCCAAGAACAACUGAUGGAAAUCCUGAAACAACUUGCGGACAAAGAGGCCGGUUGGAGUGGAAAUUUGCAGAAUGAGGAAACGGAAACAUCAGGGUCGAAGGUGGAGCUGUCCAGAUGGUUGCAGGAGUACCUUUUUGCAGGCUCCAGCUCAAGGGAGGAGGGUGUGGUUGCGUGGCCUGACCUCAGAGGGGCGCUGGAGGGCGUGGAGAAGAGGCUGGUCCAGAAUGUUCAAAACACGUUACAAGCAGCUCUCCUUCGAUACAGAAGUGAUGGAACCGGCAUGCAUGACUACGCACUUGAGCUUUCAGGAGGAAAAGUGAUUAAAUCUCAUUAUAUCAAACCAUACUGUCCGAACGGUCUUGAAAAUAGGGCAGAAGGACCCGAGGCCGUCAUACAGCCAGAGGUCCACCCAGGCAAGUGCUGGUCGUUCAGGGGAAGUUAUGCUUCAGUGACCAUUGCUCUUUCCCAAUCGAUCAACAUCACGCAUGUUUCUAUCGAGCACAUACCUAAAGGCCUAUCCCCAACCGGCCGGAUUGACAGUGCUCCACAGGACUUCGCAGUAUACGGAUUGAGUCAUGUUGACCAGCGCAUAGAUGGCGUUUCUCUUGGCAAAUUCACAUACAACGCAGAUGGAGACCCUAUUCAAACCUUUGAAGUGAAGGAGCCUGGAAGGGAUUUCUAUCCUGCGGUGGAACUGAGGAUUAUGACCAACUGGGGUGAUCCAAUGUAUACCUGCGUGUAUCGAUUCCGCGUACAUGGUUUGCCGAGAGGUGCAUAAGAGCUUCAUCAUUUUUCAGUAGCCUAGAAGCAGUAGGCCUACAUCUAAAACAACAGCUGUAUUACUUCAUAGUCUAACAAUGUAAUAAAUAAUCAAUAAUAAAAAUGGUUGAAAAAACAAGAAAAAAAA